AUGCCUCGUGCUUCGAGUUCUGCGAAGCGACAGCAAGGCGCCGCCGCCAAUCAACGCGACACCAGGCACGAAAAUGGUCUCGUAGGCCCCGCCAAACGAUUCUCCAACAAGAAGAGUCAGCCGAAUCUCGACCCGAACCCUUCUGCUUCUGCCUCGACCUCGACCUCUGCUUCCAACUCCCGUCUGCCGCCAGACCAGAAUGCAGCUGCCUCGGCUCUCCCAUCUCCCCUGCCCAACGGCUCCUCCAACGGACAUCUCAAGAACCCGGCCCCCGGUGCCACGAUCGAUACCAUGCCUCCCGACCACCGCAACGGCGACGCAUCUGCCAGGCGAGGCUCGCUAGGCGGCUGCUCCGAGACGUCGUCCUCCGAGUCUCUCGCUUCCAACAUGGGCAACGGCGCCGUCGACACGAACCACCGCCAGAUCGAUGUUAACGCCACCAAGAAUGCCGACGUCCACCGCGAUCCGGGCGGCCCUAUCGAGUUCGCCGCCACCGUCCUGAGAGCUCUUCCCCUCUACGACACCCUCGCCAUUCUUAUUCUCCUGAUGCAGGUCCCUCCCGUCGCCCUCUCCGGUAUCUACAUGGUCUUUACCUUUCUCACCUUUGUCCCGCCCGUUACCACCAGCUCUGGAAUGAACAUCAACCUGGCCGAGAUCUUUGACUACAACUCGACCAUGCCUUCCCUGGUCACGGUGCUUUGCAUGGAUGUGUUUAUCUUGCUGGUCUGGCUCUUUCUGUGGCCGCCCAUGCAGCUUGCCAUCCUCGACUUUGCGAAGCCCGUCAUCGCCGCCACGCUCGGCGGCGGAUCGAACACCAGGGAAGGCGCAUCUCGGAGUGUCACUAGCUGCUUUCUUCUGGUAAUAGGGUCCCAUCUUCUUCGCGGUUCCAGGUUCCACUGGUCUCGAGCUACAAAGUUCCUCCCUGCAAACUGGCGAUUCUCUCCCGAUUCCGACGACCCGUUAGAAUCCUUCACCCGCGGCUUCGAUAAGAGGGGGCCGCAUGGGUGGAUCAAGAGCAUCCUCGCCAUACAUAUUUUAACGCAGGGUAUAGUCCGGUAUAUUAGAGAGUGGUAUUUGAGACGAGAAAAAGGGAGCGCGUCAGCCCAUAGCAUCACAGAUCCCGAAGCCGGCAAGUCGUACUCUACCGACACAGCGACGGAGAACGGAUUUGCUACGCCCCACAGCGAUGCGACCUUCCAACAAAAUGCAGCAGUAUCAUCUACAAAAAAGAAGCGAAAACAAAGCACACAGGUGCGCCUCCAGCAGCCGCUAUGGGCGGCUCUGGCGAGCACCAAAAUUGUCAUGGUUAAGGAGUACGAACUAUCACACGCGACUUCUGAGUCAGCCGGCUCAAACGCUACCGACAUUCAUAACCUGGGGAACGCCCCAUUCGACAGUCAAGCCGAACAGAUUUGGAUAUCCUACAUCGGGCACGACGAAGUAUGCUUCAACACCAGCCAUUUCCCCGAUAGCCCUACUGCCGGAAACGGACAUGUUGCGCGACCGGCAGGCGUCGACACGUCAAAGCCUUUCUAUGUCCGGGUCAACAAUGCCUUUUGGCAGCCAACACGCAUUUACCGUAUCCAGGACGAAGCUCAAGAUGAGCACCUCGGCCACCAUCGCUGGUGCGGGGACAUCUAUGGGCUGCGGCCGCUAUCCAAGUACGUCUGCGAGUUUGUUGACACCCACACGAACAGAGUCAUCUUCUCCACGAGCAUCCGGACCUCUUUUGCGCCCAACAAGGACCAGGAAGGGUCCGUCAACCCGCCCGUGAGCACGCCUCAAUCCCUCCGCCCCGACUCGCCGGCGACGACGCUGAAGAGCACCAUCAAAGCCAACAACGACCGGUUGGCGGAGGAGAAGUCCAGGCUCAAGGCGCUGCGCAAGGAGUGGAAGAGCAAGACUACGUCCCUCAAGAAGGAGAAUGACAAACUCGACAACAUGAUUCAGACGGCAGGCAGCAACGACGACAAGCACAGGCAGAAGAUUAUCCAGCAGGAGACCACGAAAGCCCAGUCCGAGAAGGAGACCGCCCAGCUCGACGCAGAGCUCAAGGCGUUUGAGAAAGCACCCGAUGGGCUCUACGAGCGCAAGAGACAGACGGAGAAGGAAUGGACUGCUGAGAAGGCCGUCUUUGACACUGCAUCCAAGGAGUUUAAGGACUACAAGGCCGGGAUCGCCAAGACUGUGAAGGUCAAGGAAGAUGAGCAAGCCGCCAUGCAGACGAAGCGGAACAAGAUCGCGGCACGCAUCGCCAAGGUGGACAACGAACUGGGCCGUAUUACGGACGCCAACAACCGCGGUCUGGACGAGGCCGAGCGAAGACGCCAAGCGCGCGCCGCCUGGCAGGCGGACAGUUCCAAGAUCGAGAACAACUUCCUCGGCAGCAUCGAAACACUGCGGUCGGCCAACGUGAACAAGCAGAACGACGUCAAUGCCCUGUUGGCGGGUCUUCAGCAGAUUCACGAGUACGUUAACAACGCGACCGCCGCGACCAUGCCUUUCGAUCUUGCCGAGCGUCAGCCAGCCCAGCUUCCGUCUACCUUGUACAACCCUGCCGCGCCUUCCUGGACCCCCUCUCCCGCCGGAGCGUCGCAGUUUACGGUUCCGGCAGCGUCCAUGUGGCCCACCGCAGCGACGACUGCCCCUGGCUCGACGCUUCCGCUGCCCGCGACGACGGCGUCAGCCGUGUGGGGAUUCCCGCCGGCGCACCAGAGCACGGUGUCUCUCAAGGCUAGAGGCCGUUCCUCAUCGAUGCUUAGUGACGUCUCCGGGUUCACGCAGUCCAGCGACGGCGACGAGUUCCUCUCGCUCAACAACACGCCGGCGCACGGGCACACGGUGCAGCGCACGCCCGUGUCCUUUGCGUUCACCCGGCGCCAGCGCAGCGACGGCGCAGGCUCCGGCGGCAGUAGCAUUCACAGCGGGAGCGGCAGCGGAAGCUUGCGGGAUCCGGCGAGUCCGAUUUGA